UUCAUAUGGAGAUUUGGGAGUAUAAAUAGAGGGAGAGGAGAGAGAGUUGAGCACAGAUCUCAUCUGAUCCUAACGGAGAACUGAACACAAGACACACAGCCAUGGCACCAACAAUCACUGGAUCAGUCAUCAGCAGAGAACAACUUCCACUCACAAACAAGCUGAGAAAGCCCAUAGUGGAGAAGAUGCGCAGAGAACGAAUCAACAGCAGCAUUGAGAAGCUCAAGUCUCUUCUGGGUCAAGAGUUCCUAAAGCAACAGCCCGACUCCAGACAGGAGAAAGCUGAUAUCCUGGAGAUGACGCUGGAUUUCUUGAGACUCCAGCAGCGCUCCCAGAAUACCUCGUCCUUCAGCUGUACUGCAGCUGGUGACGGACGCUCCAGAUGUGUGCAGGAGGCCGUCAACUUUCUGUCUCAGUGUCCAGAGCAGACAGAGUCCCACAGAAGACUGCUGAAGCACUUCCUGAACACGCAGCCCUGCACAGAGAACAACACACGAGUGCCGCCUCAGAUCAGUUCACCAGCCGCACAGAGCAGCAGCAAAGAGCAAACUCUGGCGCUCUGGAGACCCUGGUAGAAGCUGUUCUAUGUGAAUGUGAACUACCACGAUUAACUCUGUUAUUAGAGAACAUGGUAUUUCAGCUCUUUCAUGAGAGAACAAUCGCCUGUAUUCCUAUAUUUGGAUCUCACUGUAUUUUUGCCAUUGGCAAAUUACCCUUCCAGCUAAUUGAAUCUGCUAUGUUAGCAAUUAUAUAUCUCAUACUGAGAUGCAAUAUAGAUAAUCUAUGAACAUGUUCCAUGUUUCUGAAUAGAUCCAAUGGAUCUCUAUUAACUUCUUGUUCUUUUUUGAAUAGCUUUUUUUUAUGUUGGUGUUGUAGAUUUUAUAUAAUCAACUAUAUGGCCAACAAAUUCUUUUAUAAAGAUUAUUUAGGUAACUGCGUUUUAAACAAGUGAAAGGUGUGUCUAACAAUCAAGCACAGUGGUAGAAAAACACUAAAUGAAGAUGCUGGAUAUCAUAUGCAAAUGUUUUAUAAAAAUAAUAAAUGUCUAUUUUACAUCAUA